GCGGCAUGCAGCCUCCCGAGAUUUCCCACCAAUCUAUCGUUCAUGGUGGAAUCGACACUCUAACGUCAUCAAAAAACAGCUCCUUGCGUAUAAUUUUGCGGCCAUGGCGGGUGGGAGUGAUAAUCCUGGCAUGGGCAGAACAGUGCUGGUCCUGUUUUUAGGUCAAAUUAUUUCCCUUUCCAUCGCCAUGACCAAUUUCUCAGUUUCCUUGAUCGCCAAACAAGGAGUGGAUGCACCUCUUACAAUCUCGUUGCUUUCGUAUGUGACGCUGGCUUCCGUAUACGGCGCUGUGAUGCUAUACCGCCGCCGGAAGUUGUCGGUCUCAUGGUAUUGGUAUAUUUUUCUUGGUUUGGCUGAUGUCCAAGGCAAUUAUCUUGUGAUCAAAUCCUAUAAUUACACCACGAUCACCAGCGUCACAGUUUUACUCUGCUGGUCGAUCGUGUGGGCCAUAGUUCUUACAUGGCUUGUCCUGGGCACACAAUAUUCCUUGUUGCAAUUCAUUGGGGCAGCAAUAUGUGUAGGAGGCCUUGGUGUAGUGCUGCUCGCUGAUUCUAAGGCAAAUAUAAGAGGUGGCAAGAGCCCUCUUUUUGGGGAUAUGCUUGUCAUUGUAGGAACUGUUUUUCUUACAAUGGGAAAUGUUGGCUUGGAAUAUUGUGUUAAGAAUAGAGAUCGUGUUGAAGCCAUGACAAUGCUUGGUGUGUUUGGAACACUAAUUUCUGUGCUGGGAAUCAUUGUCUUUGAAAAAGAGACAGUAGAAUCGAUCCCAUGGACUCCCCAUCUUGGAUUGUUGUAUAUCGGGGUCUUGAUACCAGGCUUUGUGUUCUAUACGGUUGGCCCUUUAGUCCUUAAGAUGAGUGGUGCCACCCUAUUCAAUAUGUCUGUUCUAACAUCCAACCUGUGGGCAGUUUUAAUCAAAAUUUUCAUCUACAAAGAGCAGGUAAAAUGGUUGUUGUAUCCAGCCUACACUCUUGUAUUCAUCGGGAUUGUAAUCUACUCCACGACACAGAAAAUUCCUCGAAGAUCAGAAGCCGUUGAAGAUGGAAGCACCGGGCUUCUCGACGAGGAAGGCGGAAACGGUAACUUACUCGAAUAAUUUCAGUCAAAUGUAAAGAAGAUAAAAUGUUGUACUAGUUGUGUAUCAAUUUUGUUUAUGCAUCCUUGAAUGAAUGUAUAAAUAUGUCAAUGUGCAGUUGAAUUUGAGGGUUGAAAGGUCGAUUCUUGCAUAUCCAAUUUCAUCAUUGAAAUUUAUUGUAAUAUUUUGGCCACGUCCUGGAUUUUAUAUAGCACAUGUAUUCGACUUGAGCCCAGGUCAUGCACGAGCUAUAAAAUUAA